AUGGACAUGAUGGAGAGAGGUCUCCGGAAGCUGACAACGUUAGAGCGGCGUGCGAGACAUGACCUGAAGAAGGCACGCAAGCGCAGCAACCUGCUGUUGAGUAGAGGAGUCAUGAUGCUAGAGGACGAAAAGCCUAUCGUCGCAGGCGUGCUCGUGCGCGCGGCAAGCCUCGGAGCGCUAGUAGAAACAUGCGUGCUCUCCUUUGAUAUGAACGGAAAGCUGCUGGACGGCUCACAGUUUCCGGCCGUGCUGCUGCUCAUGCACCAGUGGUUCGCGACGUCGGUGGUGCUAGCCGGUGAGUUCCACAAACUGUACAGCGAGGCGCUCAAGCACGCCAGCUGCGAGCCCGCCUGCCUGCACAAAGACAGCGACCCGCAGUGCGGCCGACAGCAAUUCAAGAUGAAGCUCUGUCACGCCGUCAGAUACUGGAUCAGGAGAUAUCCUCACCACUUCGACCUUGAUAGGCGGCUUGCCGAGGUUGUCAACAACCUGAGAAAACAGAUUGAGUCUGAGCAGAACACUGAACUACUGCAAUUGCUAGACUUAUCCACGGUGCCAUCGUUUGACUGGAUGAGAAACAUGUCGGUGCGACACAACAUGAGGAAUCACCCCCGCAAGGUGUCACUGGUGUUCAACCACCUGGACGCUGCCGAGCUGGCCGACCACCUGUCCUACUUGGAGUAUAAAGCCAUCAGGCGCAUAUCUUUUUCAGAUUACCAAGAUUAUGCUGUUCAGGGAACCAUACGGAACAAUCCACGACUCGAGAGAUCGAUCGCGCUGUUCAACAGCUUGUCGCAGUGGCUGCAAUGCAUGAUCCUCAGUCGCACCAACCCCGAGCAGCGCGCCCAAGUCAUGGUGAAAUUCAUCAACGUUGCAAAGCGACUUCGACAACUCCAGAACUUCAAUACUCUGAUGGCGGUAGUAGGAGGCUUGAGUCACAGCGCCCUGGCCCGUCUCACCCGUACUCACGCGUGUGUGCCUAUGGAGGCAAAAAAGUUACUGGUUGACUAUACGGAGCUGCUAUCCUCUGCCUCAAACUUCAGUAACUACAGGCGAGCGUUAAGCGAGAGCAAGGGCUUCAAAAUACCUAUCCUGGGUGUCCAUCUAAAGGACCUGAUUUCCUUACACACGGCGCUACCAGACAGGAUAGAGGGCGCCCUGAUCAACUUCAGGAAAAUCACGCAGAUGUACGGAAUAUUCAGCGAACUCAUGCAGCUUCAGGAUCAGCAGCAGUUCCCAGUGGCCACGAACAUUGAUCUCAUCAACACUCUGCGUCUGUCUCUCGAUCUUCACUACACAGAGGAUGAAAUAUACGAACUGUCUCUCGCGAGAGAACCCAAAACGUCUGUCUCGUCCCCCUGCCAGCCGCUACGACCACCAGUGUUCUCUGACUGGGCUGCCGGGGUUGUCACUCAGCCAGACGCGGCAACCAUCAACAAGCACGUCAACGCUAUGGUCGACGCCGUGUUCAAGCACUACGACCAUGACAGGGAUGGCUUCAUCUCACAGACUGAGUUCGACCAGAUAGCCAGCAACUUUCCUUUCAUAGAUUCCUUCUGCGUGUUGGAUGCUGACCAAGACGGCAUGAUCAGCAAGGCAGAAAUGAAGAAGUACUUUAUCAGAGCUAACUGCCACGUCGCCCUGCGCAGCGGCUUCAAGCACGAAUUCCACGAAACCACCUACUUCAAGCCGACCUACUGUGUGCACUGCACCGGACUGUUGUGGGGCCUCAUCAAGCAGGGUUACAAGUGCCGCGAGUGCGGAGCAAGCGCCCACAAACAUUGCAAGGACAGCCUAGUGAUGGAGUGUAGGAGACAGCUAAACUCCUCUCCUGGCCUCUCUCACCGUUCCAGCUCCUUCUCAAGUGCAGAUCUGUCAGUGGCCGCCAAGCGGCAAAUGAAUCGCAGGCAGAAGCGGCGAAACGCGUCGACCAUCAGUCAGCGUGGCACGCAGACCGACAAGGAGAAAGGCCCCGCCAUCGCUGCACCAUGCAACUGCGGCUCUCAGAGCGUGCCAACGGAGCGGCGCGUGCGAUUCCGCUCCAAGUCGGAGUGCGGGCCCGACGAGGACGAUAAUAGCGACAGCGACAGCGACAAAGAGCUGCAGGCCCGGCUGUUAGUGAAACGAGAGGGGACGGCGACGAGCAACGACAGUCUCUGCUCACAGGAGGGCGUCUGCUCGGAGUUGCAAGAGGAUCAGUACACGGAGGAGGGUGGCCAGUGCAGCCGGAGUCGUGACAGCAGGGUGAACGAGAGCAGCAGCAGCAGCACUGAGACGCUGAAGGAAGGGUUGAAAGUGGGCGAGGACAAUGUGUUCUGUGAUACGCAACAGCGUGGAACGCCUGCGUACGAACAGCAUAGCGAGAACCACAAAGACGGUGACGUCUGUAGACCUAGCAGUGACCACGAGAGCGCCCUGUGUUACGGUGACGACAGCCACGAUGCACUUUUGCAACGACUGGCUGAGGUUGAGGAGCAUCGUGCCAAGCUGUGUGGAGAGAACAGCACGCUCAGAGCUCAGCUGAGCGCUGCUAAUGAAGAAGUGCACAGUCUGCGCGAACACAUCGGGACAAUUCGCGAGCACACGGUCACCUUCAUUCUCAACCAGAUGGACAUAUUCCAUAUGCAGAAGGAUACUCAGGUGUGAGUGAGCCGGGAAGAAGCUUCCUGCCUAGCAUACAUCUCAUCUCGAUUGACUAUCCCCCUUGCCCAAAACACGUCUCU